AUGGACCUGGGAAUUCUCACCCUGGAGCAACAAAGACAAGAGGAAGGAGCACGUGCCACAUACCGGGCCCCCAAGAAGGAGAUUUUAGGCAAGCAUUUUGCAACCACUUGCAUUACCCGUUCCUUUCAACAACUGCGGAUGGUUUCUCGGCUCAGAACCAUUCAGCAUUCUUAUCACCUGGGAAAUGCGCACAGUCCUUGGGAUAUGUGCCAGCGUGCUGCCUGCCACCUCUGUCCUCCAGUCAUGGCUGUAUUUUUGCUCAAAGAGCUGUCGAUUAGAUUUAAGGGCCGCCCAACCCCAGUGCGCAGUCUCGCUGAUCUUCAGCGUGCCGUGUGUCGCGCUUUGAUUUAUGGGGACAGCGCUUUAAAGGGGAAGACUCACAGAGGUGUUUGGGACCCACUUUCAAACCCACUUCCUCUCUGGGCUCUGGGUACAAUCAAGGGACAGAUGGAGGCUCCCAGGGACAACACAUUAGAUCAAUGGCUGAAAUGUCUGUCCUUGACAGAAUCUCCAAGCAAAGAUUUUGGUCCUACUCUGGGAUUGAAAAAGUCCAGUUCCUUGGAGAGUCUGCAGACUGCUGUGGCCGAAGUCAGGAAGAACGAACUUCCCUUUCACAGGCCCCGGCCGCACAUGGUUCGAGGCCGAGGCUGCAAUGAGAGCUUCAGAGCAGCUAUUGACAAGUCUUAUGAUGGACCUGAGGAAUUAGAAACUGAUGGUCUGUCUGAUAAGAGCUCUCACUCUGGACAAGGAGCUCUGAAUUAUGAGUCUGCCCCUCAGGGGAACUCCAAGCUAGAGGACGUGGAAAAUAAAGCAAGAAAAGGCAAAAAAGUCAAGGAGAAAGAGAAGAAAAAGGAAAAGGGCAAGUUGAAAGUCAAGGAGAAAAAGCGGAAAGAGGAAAAUGAAGACCCAGAGAGAAAAAUGAAGAGGAAGGGAUUUGGUGCCAUGCUGAGGUACAAUCCUUCAAAGGCAACAUUGGUUUUGCCUCUCUUGUUUCUCCUGGUGAAAUCACUCCUUUGCAUAGACUCAGAGAAAAGUGCAAGCUUUCCCUUAUUUUUGACUCAAUGCAUAAAAACCCAAACUGAAUGUGUGUUCUUUUUCUGCACAAGCAGAAAGAAACUUCUUUGGUAACUCCUGAAGCUUGUGGCGAUGAGAGGAAACUGUCUAAAGUCUGUUGUCAAAGAAAUGCCUGUGUUCUUUGCAUGAAAUGUCCCCUGCAUUCCAUCUGACAGGGAAAGUGAGAGGCCAGGGGCUCCUCCCCUAUUGCCUGCAGAACACCUCCUUUGAGUUAGAGAGGUCAGGGUCAAUGAACCUCAUUCCUCUGUGACUCCAAGUGUGUGGAUGGCCAGGCCUCUAGGCAUGGUAGCUGUCCCCUGCAGAGGUACUGUGACAUAGGAAAAGCAUUUCCCCCACCGACUUCCUAAGGACUGCUUACCCUUAGGCUCUGAUCUCAGAUAGCACAUGCUUGGCAGACUUCUUGGCCAGUGUGGUUUGAGAUGGCUCUAACUUAACUUCCUGCAACUUCUUCUUGUUCUGCCAGCAUCAUUGA